ACUAAUUUUUUUUUCUUUCUAAAACGGAGGUAGUAUAUAGAUAGAUUGUGGGAAAUCGUUGGAGAUAAUACCUUAUUGUGAACCCAACAAGGCUUGGGGGUUUUGCGCUUUUGCCACUCUCUUGCAUAAUUAAAAAAAAUAAAAUAAAAAAUAAAAGCCAAACCUGUCCUCCUCUGUCAUCUUCCAACCGUAGCGCUCUCCACAUUCUCCAUUAUUGAUAUUACUAUCCUCCAUUGAAGCAGAAUCCGAGUUUUUUGGUGCUGUUGAAUCUUGCAGAGCUAAGUUAAGCUUAGGUUAGGUUACUGUGAAGCUUUGAUUGUCUUUGUCUUUGUCUAGUUUGAUUAUGGAGAAACGGACAUGGCCUGCACUCAAAUCUUGCAAGCAUCAGCCUUAUCAAGGAAAAGGCAGUGAUAAUGAUCGACUGAGUCAGUUGCCGCAUGAUAUUCUGAUGUCGAUCAUGUCCCUCCUCACAAUCAAGGAAGCUGCACAAACUAGUGUUCUUUCGCACGGGUUGAAUUACAUUUGGCGAUGUUUUCCCAUCUUAAUCUUUAAAGAUGAUCACCCUAUUGUGCAUUGGGUUGCACGAAAUCAUCUGUUACUUCCCCAAGAAAGAUCGAAUUUUGUGACGAUGGUGAAAAGUGUUUUGGAGUCUCAUCUUGGUGUGGCUAUAGACGAGCUAAGCGUGGUUUUUGACCUGGACGUAAGUUAUGAGUCUGAUAUCGAUAGGUGGCUGGCCUUUGCUAUAGAAAAACAUGUCAAAAGGCUUGAAUUGGACUUCACACCACAAAUUGGUAGAGCUUUUUCGUUGAUAAAUUGCUACACUUGGCCCCUUGAAUGUCGUUUGUUGUCUCUUGGUUUGCAUUGUAAUUUGGUUUCCCUAACAUCUUUGUGUCUUAAAUAUGUCAAUGUAACUGACAAAGACAUAGAGUGCGUUCUGCUUUCUUGCCAUGCCCUGGAGAAUUUGUGCAUUGUUGAUGGGUCAAGCGGUUUGAAGUGUAUAAACAUGCCUCAAACAUCCCUACAACUCAAACAUCUGGAGUUAUCAUGCUGUUAUUAUCUGUCGUGCAUUGACAUUAUGGCCCCAAAACUUGUGUCAUUCACUCUGCAUGGGCAUCCUAUAGCACUGAAUAUUAGAGCUUCAUCGCUUUCUAAGGUAUCAAUCGGAAGUGGAAAUUAUAGAGGAGAGGUUGUGGCCUAUGCUUAUAGAUCCCUUUCACAAUACUUGUCCAACUUGGAGUAUUUGAGUUGGCACUUGUUCUUAAAAACUGCCUACCCUAUCCAGUGGAAUACAGGGAUAUCUAAACCACCAAUCAUGUCAAACCUUAAGCAUUUAGAACUCCAUGUCCAAGCAAAGGGUGAUGAAAGCCUACUUGGGUGGGCUUACUUGAUUGGCGAAUCUCCGGUUCUGGAGAAGCUCACUUUGAAGUUCUCAAGGCAUCCUUGGGUUUAUAAGGCUAAUGUACCUCAAAGGAAUAUAGUCAAACACAAAGGGCGUCCCCUGAAAAACUUGAAGACCUUGGAGCACUGUGGUUUUUUGGGACUGCCAAUUGACAUUGAGUUUGCUACCUAUGUGGUUGAGAAUUCCAUCAAGCUGAAAGAUGUAAUCUUUACCCAUCCACAAAUCAUCAUAUAUCGUGACCCUACCAACAAUUACGCAAAAGGUCGUGUUUUGGAAUUCAUAAAGACACUUCCUCAAGAAGUUGCAUUCAAAUUUGGCAAACCUGCAAACCAUUGCUGUCCAAUUUCAACAUAUCCUUAUUUUUAGAUCUUUGCUUGAUGUUGCCCAUGUCUGUUGUGCACAUUCAUGGUGAUGGAUUGAGGUGUUGGCCACCAUGUCUGGUUUUGAUCUUCGAGUUUGUUGUAAAUUAUUUGGUUUUUCUGAAUUACAUAUACCGGAUUUUUUUAAAUUUUAUUUUGAGUUGCUUGAACUCGUGUAUUGUUGUAAUUUAUGAUCUUCAUUGUAAUUUAAUUAUUAUGUAUUUAACGGUUAUUUUCAUUAAUUUGUAACUAUAAUGUAUUAGGUUUCUCCUUAUAUGUUUCUCUCAAAAAAAAAAAAAAAGGUUUCUCCUUAUAUGUUUUCUUC